UUCUCAGUUUCUGAGGCAGGGCUUUGAGAGCAAAGAAAAUCUCAAAAAUUCGUAAAGUGGGGAAAUGGGAAUAGAGAUUGUAGGUCAAAUCGAGAAAGUCAGUGGUAAAGAGUUGAGUUACAGUGAUUUUGCAGAGAGAUACUUGGCCAAGAACCAGCCAGUGGUAAUCUCCGAUCUCACUGACGAUUGGCGAGCUCGGGAAGACUGGGUCAGUGGGAAUGGACGCCCUAAUCUUCAAUUCGUUGCCACCCAUUUUGAAAAUUCCAGAGUUCAGGUUGCAGAUUGUGAUACGAGAGAAUAUACAGAUCAGAAAAGAUUAGAAAUGUCUGUUAUGGAAUUUGUCGAACAAUGGACCCAGGCUUCUAUUGAGGACAAAGGAAAAGAUGAUGUUUUGUGUGAUAAUGGAAAGUCAGUUUUGUAUCUGAAGGACUGGCACUUUGUCAAGGAGUAUCCAGACUAUACGGCUUACCAAACACCACCGUUGUUUUGUGAUGAUUGGCUUAACAUGUAUCUAGACAACUACCAAAUGCAUGAGGAUAGAGAUCAUUUCCAGAAGUACGAUCAAAUAAGCUGCUCUGAUUAUCGCUUUGUUUAUAUGGGCGGAAAAGGAUCUUGGACACCUCUGCACGCUGAUGUCUUUAGAUCUUAUAGUUGGUCAGCUAAUGUAUGUGGUAAAAAAAGAUGGCUUUUUCUUCCGCCUCCUCAAAGUCAUCUUGUUUAUGACAGGUACAUGAAAAAUUGCGUUUACAACAUCUUUGAAGAGGUGAAUGAGACUAAAUUCCCAGGUUUUAAGGAGACUACGUGGUUUGAGUGCAUUCAAGAACCUGGUGAAAUUAUCUUUGUUCCCAGUGGAUGGCAUCACCAAGUAUAUAACUUGGAAGACACAAUAUCUAUUAACCACAAUUGGCUCAACGCAUACAACUUAUCUUGGGUGUGGGAUCUACUAUGGAAGGACUACAAGGACACUGAAGAGUCAAUAGAAGACAUAAGAGACAUCUCUGAUGAUUUUGAAGCUCUCUGCCAGCGUAAUCUUGCUGCCAACACAGGAAUGAAUUUGAAUGACUUCUUCAUCUUCACGUCACGUUUUGCUUUGGGCAACAUGGUCCUACUGCAGUCUUACGCUAACAAACAAGAAACCCUGAAUCCAUGCUCAUCAGCAAUGGCACAGAAUCUGGUAUUGAAUCUCUCGACUAUCCAGAAAAUCAUGGUGAUGAUGAUAUCUGCAGGCGCCGUAACUGCAAAGGAUGUGUAUCUGGACUUGAGAGAAACACUGGAGGAGGAUCCACAGUUUCUCAGUUUGUGCAGAGACAUUGGAAGAACAUAUGCAAUGAUUCACAGGGAAGAAGAAGAUCAGAUACUCUUUGCGAAUGAGUUAUUAUUACCAAAGAUUUCAGGUUUUGCAGACCAACAGAUGCAAAUAUGUUCUCCAAAAGAUCUUGUUGUAAUGAUAGACCGUUGUAAUACUUGUUCAUCUCAUCUCUUAGCAUGAUGAAAAAUAUACCUUUUAUUGACCUUAUUGGAUUU